AUGAAAAGAAAGAGACCCUCUAGCAGCAUGAAUAAUAGAGCCCAAGUCAGGAUCAAGAAUCAUAUUGUGGGAGCAAAUAAGAAUAUUCAGCUCAUGUUUACUAACCAGAAAUUAAUUCAGCCUAUGUUCUCCUUGCUGCAUAAAAAGAAGAAUAAAUAAUAGGAUGAGAACAUUGAUGGAAAGAUGAUCUAAUCCUUCAUAUAAACCUAAUAUCUACUUGGAUGAUCCUUAUCAUCAAUCCUCAUUCGAAUCAACUAGCAAGAGAAUGGGCAGAACAACUUAUAGCGCUUGUGAGCAAACUAGAAACAAGAUUGAAAAAUUAGAAGAAGGCAAUAUUAAAUUAUUAAUGCACAAUCUUGAGUAUGAUUUCAGAGAGUCAAAACAUCGUCUCAAGAAUGUUUUUAACAAUAAUUCCAAUCAAUGAAUCAUUAAGAAUAACGAACCUCUGGCCAUCGAUGUUCUUGAAGACCUAAAUUGUGUAUAUAAAAUUGAAUCCAAAGAUCAACUUGCUCCCUUAAAAAUAAGCAUGGUCUUUAACAAAGAUGACACUUUAUGUUUUACAAGAGAGAAGCUUCCCAAAGCAAGGGAUAUCAAAGUCCAAGUUUUCUUGACUGAUGAGCUGAAGCCGAUAUAUAAGCCAAACAUGGUCUUAAAAUAACAAAAUGGCCUUUGUCAUUGAUCCUCUUUUAGAAACAUCACAGAAAUUUGAAACAGAUUUGUUUUUGAUUUUCUCAUCUGUCUUUGGGUGCUCCAUCACAGUGAGGGCUAAAUUCCCUGAUGACAACAACACAAUUAUUCCUCGAUAUAAAACAAACUACACUGAAGAUAGAAGACUUGACCAUGAGGAAUUUGCUGAUCUUCUAUUCAGCAACCAACCACACAAAUAUGACAGACUUAUCAAGGAAAUAGACACUGGAACAGAGAUUUCGUUCGUUUUCAAAUAAGAUCAAGUACCAACAGAUGCUCAAGAGUGGGAUUAUCCAGAAAGACGGGACGUCAUUCUUAGAGAAGAACAAACAAAGUGUUUCUCUGAAAAAGACCCAGGCUAGUAAAGCAACUCUCAAGUCCCUCAAAAGAGCCAAAUCAUGACUUCAGAAAAAGAGGAAAAUGGAAAGACAGAACAGAAUAAAGAAAAUCUUCUUGGCUAAAAAGUGGGAAAUUAUUAAAGAGAAGAGAAUGCUCAUGAAAAGGAAAGAGCAAAUCUUGAUAAACCAUCAAAGAGCAGCUAUCUAUAUUCUGAAACUCAGUUAUCUCCAUAAAUAUAUCAAGAAGUUACAUAAGGAUUAUGACCAGAGAAAAUUUGAGGUUGCCAAACAAGGGGUCAUAUUUUCUUCAGCAGUUAAAAUAUUUAUGGUCAUAAAGCGCUACUUCAAAAAGCGUCAUCCUGAUGUGGAAGAAAGAACUAAGUUACAGCUCAGAAAUUCAAUUAAGUUUGGUAACAUAAUUUUUGGAGAUACUAUUGUGGCAAGAUCUCAAGAGAUAAUCCAAGACCAUCUCAGCAAAACAAGUGUAUUUCACAACUUCACUAGACAAUCAAUGAUUUUCACUGGGGCUGUUAGGAUAAUUCAGAAGGAAUACAAAUAAAAGAUAUAGCAUCCAUGUUGAGAGGAUUAGGAUACUUACAGACAACUGGAAAGGAGAGAUCGAACGUCAAAUAAAAUACAAAACAAAGACACUUAGUAAAAAGAAUAAGAACACUAAAAGAACUAGAAGAGAAAUCAAGGCUCUAAAUACGAUCCCAGAGGAGUUUAGGAACAUUGUCAUCAAGAAGUACUAUCAGCUGGCACUCAUCAAGCAUAAGCUCAGAAUUAGAGAAACAGAGAAUUAUUUAAUCCAACAUUACGAAGAGAACAUCACUCAAUAUGACAAUGAAGGGCUUAUUAAAGAGAUUGAAGAUCUUAAAAGGAAGUUAUUUGGCAAGCCUGAAAUGACAGUUCUUGAGAUCGACUUCAAAAUAGACCCAUCCCCAAAGAAAUCUAAGCCAAAGCAUACAGUUGGCUUUGGAGCCACCACGGAGAGUAUAUUUACUCCAGAUACCAGAGUCCCAAGAUCGAAAAAGGUGACUAAAUUAUUCUCUAAAAAUCUGGAUGAGAUAGAAAAAUUUUCAGAUGACAAAUCAGUUCCCCUAUAUUACCCUGAUUUUGAAUAUCUUCCAUCAAACAAAGAGUUGCUUUUCUUAAUCGAGAAAGCAAGAGAUAUGAAAGAUCUAGAAGAUGUUGAUAAAUCCAAGGAAGUCAAUAGGAAGUCGAAGUUUGCAACAAGAAAUAUGAUGAGAGUUGACCACAGAUCAACUAGCUCAAUGAGUCAUUAUUCAUAA